GCGCUGCCAAUCAUCGGGGCCCGUCCAAUCCCCGCGGCGCCCCGGCCGCGCCGUAUUUCCCACUGCGCCGCUCAAAUGUGGUGAGCGCUCUGCCAAUCGCGGGCGGACGGCGCGGACGGGGCCGGCGCCGGCGCCGCGGAGUUGGGAGCGCAGACAAAAGAAGUUAAAGAGCCGCUUAAUAUAUACAUGUUUUUGAAGGCGGGCAGAGGGGGAAAAACAACAACAGCGAGCGUAGAUGGGCCUGCCGGUGUCGUUAUGGAGCCCCCCUCGAGCGAGCGGAGCCCGGCACUGAGAUUAGCGGACUUGGCAGCGGCCCCGCCGCCCCCGCCGCACGCCCUGACCGGCCUCCCGGGGCCGGGCGCCCUCCGCGGCCACCCCCACCGCGCCGCCCACCUCCACGCGGCCGCCGCCGGCGGCGACCCCGCCGGCGCCCUCACGCCGCUCGGACCCGAGCACAUGGCGCCGCUCGCCGCCGCCGCCGCCGCCUUCGCCGCGCCCGCCGCCGCCGCCGCCAGCGCCGCCGCCGCCGCCGCCAGCACCGCCUACGCGCCGCCCGCCGCCGCCCUCCCGGGCUGCCCGUCGGGGGGGGCGGCGGGCCGCGACCUGCUCCUGCGGCGGGACCUACCCGCCGCCGCCGCCGCCGCCGCGGUGCACGGGGCGCACGGGGCGCCGGGCGAGCGGCACCCGCCCGCCGCCUCCCCCCGCCUCCCGCCGCCCCACGGCGUCCUCGCCGCCGGCGCCGGCGCCUACGACGGCGCGCACGCCGCCUUCCCGCCGCCGCCCGCCGAGCUGGGCGCGCCCGGCGGCCGCCUCCCGCCGCUCGACGGGCCGCUGCGCCCGGCGCUGGCGGAGCUGUACGGCCGCGCCGAGGCGCGCUACGGCGCCGCGGCCGCCUCGUCGGCGCUGCUGGGCUACGGCGCCGCGGAGCUGGGCCGCGGCCCCCCGCACGCCCACCCCCACCACCGGCACCCCCCGCCCCAGCACGGCGGCGGCGCGCACGUCGGGGCGGCGGCGGCCGGCGCGCUGCUGCGCUACAUGCGGCAGCCCAUCAAGCAGGAGCUCAUCUGCAAGUGGAUCGACCGGGAGCCGCCGCCGCCGGGCGGCCGGGAGCCCUGCUCCAAAACUUUCGGCACCAUGCAGGAGCUGGUGAGCCAUGUCACCGUGGAGCACGUCGGCGGGCCCGAGCAGAGCAGCCACGUGUGCUACUGGGAGGAGUGUCCCCGCGAAGGCAAGCCCUUCAAGGCCAAGUACAAGCUCAUCAACCACAUCCGCGUGCACACGGGAGAGAAGCCCUUCCCCUGCCCCUUCCCUGGCUGCGGCAAGGUCUUCGCCCGCUCCGAAAACCUCAAGAUCCACAAGCGCACGCACACAGGGGAGAAGCCCUUCAAGUGCGAGUUCGACGGCUGCGAGAGGAAGUUCGCCAACAGCAGCGACCGCAAGAAGCACUCCCACGUCCACACCAGCGACAAGCCCUACUACUGCAAGGUCCGCGGCUGCGACAAGUCCUACACGCACCCCAGCUCCCUGCGCAAGCACAUGAAGGUCCACUGCAAGUCGCCGCCGCCCUCGCCGCCCCCCGACGGCGCGCUGCCCCCCGAGGCCGCCGAGCCGCCCCGCGGCCGCCGCGCCGCCCUCUCGCCGCCCGUCACCGACCUCAGCGAGUGGUACGUGUGCCAGGCCGGGGGGGCGCCCCGGCGGGCCCGCUCCCCCCCCGGCCGCGACGGCGACGCGCCGCACCGGACCUCGGCGGGCAGGACCGCCCCGUAGGGACGCCCGGCGGCGCCGCCGCGCCGGACUCGCGCUAUUUAUUCCGCGUACGAAACCCUAUGGUGUUUGUACGGUUAAUUUAAUUACAGAGACUCGGACUUCUGGUUUUGGUAAGGAAAAAAAGGAUCGCCGACGCCGCGCUGGACCCAGCUGCUGGUGCGAGGGGCACGGUGCCAAGGGGGAUGCCCGGGGUCGCCGGGCGCUUGCUGCAGCCCCCUGCCCGCCCCGCAGCUCUGCCCGCAGGAGAGGCAGAGGGGACGGGCUGCGGCGGGCAGAGCCGCCUCCGCUUCCCGCAGAGGCCCUAAAUACUCCCGCUCCCGUCCCAGGCCUCCCUGUCGGGCUGGGAGAGCCCCAGGUCCGCAGUGGCCUCCUCACUGCGACCCGGCACCUGCUGAACCGCCACCAGCCGAGGACAGGUUACGCCUCCCGUAAAAUAAAACGAAAUAAAUGCGUUUUCCACCCCCCCUCUUUCAGUUCGGCUCCUUUGUGAUUGUUGCUUUCUCCGCUGAGUCGGGGGGUCCAUCCGCACCCGGUAUUUUCUGUCCAGCCUGUUUCUUUCUCCCUUAGCUGUAACCGUGUGAAAACGAUUUAGGAAAGGGAAGACAAAAGCUGCAGCACUCCUCUUGCUGCUUCUCUACAUUUUGUAUGCUUACGGCUCCUAAAACGUAGCCGGAGAAUAAAAGAAACCCGCUGCUAUUUGACAACUGCGAUACUGUGAUACAUUUUUUUUUCCUAAAAAGCACACGAAAGCUGACAGAGAUUUUCCGUUUUCUUGGGGCUGGUAUUAUUGCAGCUAUUAUUUUUUUAAGUUCGUCUAGGAAACGAAGACUUGGCAUCUCGCUGCGGCCAGACCCGUGCGCACUUCAGUCGCUAAGUCGCAGGCGGCGACGAGCCAGACCCGGGCGGGUCUCGCCGGGCUUUGCCCUCGACGGGGCGCACAGGCUGCCGGGGGGGGGUGUGUGUCUCGGGCUGGUGGGCCGAGGGGGGUAAAAAAAUGAUUUUUUUUCUGUUGUUUUAGUUGUAUUUCUUCUCUGCAGCCACUCUCGCUUGUCACCAGCCCCAUGCAAUGGCCGAGCGGCCGGGCAGAGUCACCUGGGAGGAGGAGGAGGAGGAGGAGGAGGCCGGAGCUGCCGGGCAGUGGGGGCGAGGGGCGCCCAGGCCGGGCCCGGGCGCGGAGGGGGCCGGGGCGGCGAGCGGGGCCGCUAAAGAGCGCUAAUGCCUCCUCGGAGACCCGGCGGGCGCCUCCCCUCCCCUCCCCUCCCCCAGGCGCGCUGGAAACUUGUUUUGUGCGCUGUGAAUGGUGGAUGUCGUCUUGUCAGUGUCAAUAACGUGUACGCGGCCGCGAUUAUUUUGUACAGUCGAAUUAAUUUAUUUUCUGACAUCACCCCCCCUUUUCCUCCCCCCCCCCCCCCCGGAAGAGUACAGAGCACACCAAAGAAUUCUGCUAUUAAUUUUGGUGAUAGAUGGUUGUUUAUGAUGCCGUGGUUUGUACGGAAGAAAAAAAAUCAUUAUAUUUUUCAGCUUACUUGAAUGAACAAUGUAAUGUGAAACAGACUCUUCCUGCAUGUCCUCUGUGCUGUGUGUUGGUGAUGAUAUAUAUAUAUAUAUAGUUCAUAGAGAUAUUAUAUUAUUAGUACAGUGCAUGGUGCUGUCACUCUGGAAGCCUUUAAACGUUGUCUUCAUACUGUUGUGGUGGAUUUAAAGAAACAGGCAUUACUUCAAAAGCAAACAGAAAACUUGAAUGGAAAAUAAUUUUUUAAAAGUUCCUUGGAUUUGCUUUUUAUUCAUUUUUCAAAGCCCAUUCGAAUAAAUAGAAAAUAAAAAACGUAAGGUAUGGACUUUUUAAAGAAUAAUUUAUGUAAUGUAAUCUUAUUAGAGAUAUUUUCGUGCUGAUUUAUAAACGAACUUUUUAAUUUAUGCAUUUUUUCAGCAAUAGAUUGCACUAUACAUUACUACAUGGCAGGGUUUAUAAAUUAUGGCGCUGGGGGAUAUAUCACUAUUUUUAUGUACUUGCUACACGCAGGGUCACACACUUGCCCAUCAAUUUUAUGACACAUGAUACCUCCUAAAUAAAAUAAUAACAAUUUACAUUUUUUUCAUCUCUGUAAACCCCAUAAAAAGCAAGAAUGAUUAUCAAGCAAAUGAAUAAAAAUAUUAUUUCUAUGUA